AUGUUUGAUAUCAUGAGCCCUCAGAUAUCUUUCACCAAGAAGCGUCGCUGGUCUCCUCGGAUGGAGGACCAAUAUAAACUGGCGAAUGCGAAAAAGAAUCUCUCUAGCCUCCAUACCUUCACUUUUAAUUUCUUGAAGAACAAGACCUCACCGAGAACCAAGUACAGAGAUUCUCAGGUUGAGAUUCCACAUUCCGACGAAGAGAGGAUUGCCUGUAUGCUUGCAAACGCGACGCAUACCGAAUUGGAUCUCCAUAAACAGUCCGACUCUGACGGAGAUCAAGGUCGCCCUCUGAGCUCAUUGUCUAGCAACACAAGCUCAAGAAGAAGCAUUCACGGCAGCCCCCCGGUCACCCCGCUUCUUGUCCAUUCUGAACUAAAUCUUACAACCACCGAGCCAUUUCCAGACUACUACGAGUCAUGCGAGCAGAAUCCGGCGAUCAUCGACAAGGACCUCGAGGAGGCAUAUAAUAAUGCUAUCGCAAAAGUGUUCGAAGAGUCCGUGCGAAUGAGAAACCUUGGUGCCGGUAACCCUGCUACAGUCUCCCCUCUUGCAACUCACGUUGGCUGCCCUGUCACAACUGACAGUCACCCCAGACAGGCCAAGCCCAGCAUUUUGCUCACAUCACACUCCACUCUCCAUAGUGACACUACUAGUCGCAGCCAGUCCGAUACGGCACCAACCCCUAUCUCUCAAAUCUCGUCUGCCACAUCUGUCCGUGCCGACUCCGACAAGGGCGCAUCCAUGACUUCUACCUCUCAGGCCUGGAUCUCCCUUGACGACACUGGUGCCCACAAAGUUUCUAAUGCGACUCCCGCCAAUGAUGUUUCUGUUCGAGAUGUUGCUUCUGGAUCAGCCCCCAUAUCCACCAUUGCGCCCCAAUUUAUGGCGGAUAGGAAGGCCAAUAUCCAAGCCAGACAUGUCCCUUCCAGUUCAUCGUCUGCUGCCAGUAAUGACUCAUCGGAAGGGGCUCUGAGCCAACUAUCUCCGGUUGUAUCUGUGUCGCACCUCGUCUCUGGUACUAGUGAUACCAGGACUCGCGAUGACCAGAACAACCAAUACUAUGCACCGAGCUUCCACUCCUCUCAGCAUACUCUGUCUGGGGCUAUUGGUAGUCAUAACGUAGGUCAGGCUUCCUUCUCUUCAAUCCAGGGCUCCAUGUCACUCUCUGGAAGCACUUGUAGCAGCCAGACGUGCAAGAGGACGCUCUCCAUUGAUGAAAUGGCUAUGCCAGAUGAGCCUCCCACCCCGAAUUUUCAACCUCCCAUCGGAACGGGAAGGCCUCUGCCUGGCACUACCCCAAUGCCUGCUCGUAACCCACAUAUGCAGCGUCGCCUUCAUGAAGCCGAAGAGCGAAAGCUUAACAUCCUCGAAGAGAUGAGGAUCAUACUUCGUGCAGACCAUAUGAAGGACGACAUUCAGAGACGCUUUACUGCCAUGACCAACAUUAUCCUCCGCAUGGAGUGGAUUCUGUUCCGUCGUGACGUGAAGCCCGACGGUACUCACGCUAAGGAAUUUCUCUCUGCUCCCGUCGUCGAAGAGGUCCAAGCACUGGCGAUUCCAAUGGUCCAAUACCUUGCCUGGCUCGACAAAAAGCUUGAGAGUGAGCUCAGCAUCUCACAACAGGUCCUCCAUUGGAUCAUACAGAUCGCGAAGAAUCAGGAUCUCGACGUAUAUCAGCGUUUUCGACAGACGGCUCGGGUUAUCAUUGGAAACCUCCGAAAGCCGCGCCUGCUCGAAAAACACCUCUUGACUGUCUUCCAAGAUCUGUAUGACACGUACGUGUACAGUGAUUUCCUCAAUAUCCGCAAUCGACAGAUUCUCCGCGAAGAAGGGCUUCACAUCGAGCGUGAUAAUCUCGCCCGCCUCUUAAUUGCAGGCUGGGAUGUUCUGAGCCGCGCCAUCGAGAACUACAACGAGAUCAUUACUAUCAACCUCGAUCUUAAAAGCCGCUUCGUUGAUCCGAUCAUGGAUCGACUACCUCGUUCGUAUGAGAUCUGGGAGGAAGAGUGGAAGGAGCACCAGCGGCAGUGCGAAAUACUGCGGAAUAUGGAGUUGGAAAAACUCUGGACGGAGGUGGAGGAGAGGGCUUGUGCUGAGGCGGAGGAGCAGGAGUUUGCCCGGGCCCAGGCUCGUGCGAUGGCUGAGUUCAGGGCUCAGAUGCAGUUUCCUGGGCAGGGACAGAGCUCUGGACAGUGGCAUGUUGACUCCCGUAUUCAAGUUUAG